GAGCACAGUUAGUUGUCAAGGUCGAGUUGGCAAUGACGUUUGUUACAAGUUCAGGUAAUAUUGUUGAUAGGCAACCAUGGGGUAUACGUUACUUGAAACAGAUACUUCUCAAUCUUUUCAACAUCAUUUGCCUAUUUAUUCAAACACUCUUACCUUUAGACCUUUUUCGCCAGAAGACAUCUAAUCAAAGAAAUUCUUGGGAUGGAAGACCACCUCGACCACCUGGACGACGUUUUGGUGGAUUUGGAGGCUGUGGAGGUGCUCCAAAUGCUCCACCAAUGGCUGGUGGAGGAUGAGGUUAAACAGUCUUUGGAAUUAAUGGUAGUCAAUUACAAAUUCCAAAGACUAUGGAUCGAAUAAUUUGUUGUAAAACCUUUAGAUCCUAUUUGGGUAUAUGACGGUUGUCUGGAAAAUCUUGUCUGCAGAUCUAGACAACUUGAUGACCAAAUUGGGAUUUAUAUGCUUAAAACAUUAGUUUCUUUGUAAAAAUCAACCUAAUUUUUACUUUUAAAAUAAACAUCGAUUUUUUAUUUUCCAGAAAACUUACGUAUUUCGUGUUUGUUUUUACGAUUGUUGAUUCAUUACUAGUGCAAAAUAAUUUCUGAUAUCAGAGAAACUAUUAAUUUCUCAACUAACGGAUAAAUGGCAGUUUACUAUUCAAAAUGUUUUAUUAUCCUGAAAUAGAGUCUCAUUUUCGAUUCAGUUGAUACACUUUGUUUGACUUAAGCUAGUGAAUAAAUAUACUUGUAUGUACUUCUAGUUUCUAGUUCCAAAUCGAUUUAUUAUCUGUCUCUGACUAGUAUAUUAGAUGUAAUUUUAGUUUAUCGAUUUUGGAGGUCGUUUGGAGGUUGAAGCAAUAGAUUUUGAAUCGGCAGGUCCUAUGUUCAACACACUUCACUUAAUUCCGUUUGGCUAUCUGUGUGGUAUUUCUAAAUCAUAUGAGUAGAUUAUACCUCUGAAGCUGUGCUUGGAUCCAUUCGAAAUAUUGGGGAAGUGUCGUUUCUUAUUUGGAAAUAUGGGGUGGCAUUUCAUAUAUCAAUGGUUAAGAUCAUGAGUCAG